GGGUGUUGUGUUGUUGUUUUUUUGAGAUUUAAUAUAACUUGUAUUUAAAACAGUAAAGCAUUGAAAACUACUUUUAUAAUGACAUCUAAAUCAAAAACAGGGUUAUUUGCUUUAGGUUUUUAUACUGUCGCCGCACUGUUUAUAAUAAUAGCAUUUGCCAGUCCAUUUUGGCUUGUAACGGAUGGUAAACUUAAAAAUCCAAAAUUUCUAAAAAUAGGUUUGUGGGAAGUAUGUUUCAACGGUUUUGAAGAGGUACACCAUUGGUAUGAUACAGUGUUUAAGGGAUGUUGGUGGAUAUUUGAAGAAGAGUAUUAUAUUAUACACGACAUACUUUUGCCCGGCUUCUUCAUAGCUACACAAUUUUUUUUCACAAUUGCCACUUGUUGCGUACUUGUAUCAAUGUUUAUGACAUACAUAUAUAUGAAGAAAGACAAAGAUGAUGACAAUUAUGUUACACUCUUAGUUACAUUGGGCACAGUUCUUGUAAUUGGAGGAUUUUCAGGAUUAAUAUCUGUGGUAACAUUUGGUGCAAGAGGAGAUGGACGCGACUGGAUGCCCAACUGGGAACACAAUGACCUUGGCUGGGCCUUCGCUCUGGGUGUGAUCGGAGUUCUCUUCCUGUUUCCAGCGGGUAUUCUUUUCCUCAUUGAAGCUAGAGUUCAAAAGUACAAAAGGCUCCAUAACAUGCAGAGUAGAGAACCCUCUUCUCACACCAUGCAUGAAAGAAAGAUUGGAUUCUCAGGUCAUACUGACAUAUAAGUACUUCAACUAUCAUAAGUCUUCUUUGGUAUUAAUUGGAAUAUGAUACUGAUAUUUUUUGUAUAAUUUUUACUUUAUGUAAUGUCAUUUUAUUAACACUCAUACAUGGAAAUCAUUCCGUCCAACACUUUUCAAGUUGCAUUAUCUUUUUUUAUAAUGCAUAAUUCUCAUUUUGUACUAAUUUAAUUAGUGUUUUUAAUUAUACUAACAUAAGUUUUUUGCAAUGACAUUUUAUUUUACAUACAAAUUGUAUUUAGUUGUAGUGUAGUUGUAUGACAUAAUUUUAUUUUUAAAAAUAGUUUUUAUAAGAUUUUUACAAUAAAUGUAAUCAUUUUAG